CAUACACACACACACACACUCACUUAAAAACUUAAACACACACCCGGACACAUUUUCAAGGGACUCACUGACUGAGUCACCACACACUCCCAGGCAGUGAAUCAGUGACUCACACACUCAUAGACUGACACACACAUACAAGGAGAAAAGGUUGCUUGCAAGAAGCGGGACUACUUGUUGUGUGUGCCAUGGGUCACAGUAAGCAGCAGCUGUGCAUGAGUGUUGGAUACCUUUAAAGGUAAACCUCGUCCUCCCUCCCAGUCAAUCCUCCUCCCAUCCUUCUUCUUGUAGCAUCCCCUAAACACACCCGUCAUGUCUGAGCUAAGGACCAGGAGAACUGCUUCGUCUUCUCUUCCGCCCGUCUCCUCCCUGUUUGGGUCCCUUUUCCUCCUCCUCUCGUUCUGCCUCUCCCUUUAUUUCUAUCCGGCGUCUGCACAGCAGACUGUGCCUGUCAUUUCCACGGCACAGGGCCGCAUUCGAGGCAUGCUGAUCCCACUGCCCUCAGACCUCCUGGGCCCCGUCAUCCAGUACCUGGGAGUACCAUACGCAAGGCCUCCAACGGGGGAUCGGCGAUUCCAGCCACCUGAGCCACCUUUACCCUGGCCGGGAAUACGAAAUGUGACACAGUUUGCUCCCGUGUGCCCACAGUCGCUGGAUGAGAGGAGCAUAUUGGGGGAUAUGAUGCCAUCGUGGCUCACAGCCAACCUGGAUAUAGCGGCAACGUACCUCACUCACCAGAGUGAGGAUUGUCUCUACCUCAACAUCUAUGUGCCGACUGAGAACGACAUCCAUGAGGAGGGGGGUCAGCGGCCUGUGAUGGUCUAUGUCCAUGGCGGCUCAUACACAGAAGGCACAGGAAACAUGAUGGAUGGCAGUGUGCUGGCAAGCUACGGCAACGUCAUUGUCAUUACCCUCAACUACCGCCUGGGAGUACUGGGGUUUCUUAGUACUGGCGACCAGGCAGCGAAAGGUAACUACGGCUUACUGGAUCAGAUCCAGGCUCUGCGCUGGGUGAAGGAAAACAUCGCAGCCUUCGGAGGAGAUCCACACAGAGUCACUGUGUUUGGGUCUGGGGCUGGAGCCUCCUGUGUCAGCCUCCUCACUUUAUCUCAUUACUCUGAGGACCUCUUCCAUAGAGCCAUCAUCCAGAGUGGCAGUGCUUUGGCCAGUUGGGCCGUCAACUAUCAGCCAAGCAAGUAUGCACGGCAGCUCGGAGAGAGGGUUGGCUGUGGCAUUGAUGACAGCACCCAACUGGUCGCCUGCCUCCAGGGCCGGAGUUAUCGGGAACUAGUGGAGCAGAACGUGGCGCCGGCCAAGUAUCACACUGCUUUUGCACCAGUGAUUGAUGGCGACGUUAUACCGGACGACCCGCAGAUUCUGAUGGAGCAAGGAGAAUUUCUGAACUAUGAUGUGAUGCUCGGGGUUAAUCAGGGCGAAGGUGUGAAGUUUGUGGAGGGCAUAGUGGACUCAGAGGACGGCGUCACUGCGGAGGACUUUGACUUCGCUGUGUCAGACUUUGUGGACAGUUUAUAUGGAUACCCGGAAGGCCGAGACACACUGAGAGAGAGCAUUAGGUUCAUGUACACAGACUGGGCAGAUCGAGACAACGCAGAGACUCGCCGAAAGACUCUGGUUGCACUAUUUACAGACCACCAAUGGGUGGCGCCGGCAGUUGCCACAGCUGACCUUCAUGCUCAGUACGGGUCCCCGACUUACUUCUACUCGUUUUACCACCACUGCCAGAGUGACGCCACUCCCCCCUGGGCUGACUCCGCCCAUGGUGAUGAGGUGCCCUAUGUGUUUGGCGUGCCCAUGCUAGGACCCACUGAUCUGUUCAACUGUAACUUCUCCAAGAAUGACGUGAUGCUGAGCGCAGUGGUCAUGACUUACUGGACCAACUUUGCCAAGACUGGUGAUCCAAAUCAGCCGGUUCCUCAAGAUACCAAGUUCAUCCACACGAAACCGAACCGCUUUGAAGAAGUGGCCUGGUCUAAGUACACCCCAAAAGAGCAGCUGUACCUCCACAUCGGCCUUAAACCCCGUGUAAGGGACCACUACCGCGCCACCAAAAUCUCCUUCUGGCUUCAGCUGGUGCCUCACCUGCACCAUGUCAACGAGCUCCUCCAAUCUGUGUCGUCCUUCACGCAUAGUCCCUCACCACAGGACGACACUCCUUACUCUUACACUAAGCGCCUGUCCAAAGGUUGGCCUCCGAGCAGUACACGUCACCCAGGAUCUCAAGGCGGGACCCCACAGCCCCCAGAGACUGCUGUAGGCCAAGGUGGAGGGGAAGAUGGAGUCCGUAUCCCCGCUGAGAACUACUCCACCGAACUGUCUGUGACGAUUGCCGUGGGAGCCUCCCUGUUGUUUCUCAACAUCCUUGCGUUUGCCGCUCUACUGUACAAGAAGGACAAGAGGCGUCUGGAGCACCGGCGGUCCCGCCCACUCCCUCCCCCGAGACGAGAUAUCACAGCUGCAGACGUUGCUGCCCACUUACAGGGAGAAGGACUGAUGUCAUUACAGGUGAAGCAGCUUGAGUGUGAUGCAGCGUCAGCGGAUGAGAGGAACAACGCUCAUCACCAUCACACUCUGGAUACGUUGGACGCUCUGGACGGUAUGGACACCCAGGACAUCUACAGCACACUGGAUACCGUGCGCCUCACCUGUCCGCCCGAUUACACCCUCACCCUGCGGCGCUCACCCGAUGAUGUUCCACUCAUGACAUCGCUGACCCCAGGGUCACUGCCUGUGACCCCCGGGUCACAUCCUGUUACCCCAGCAACACCAAUGACACCCAUGACACCUGGAUCAAUGGUGGGGAUGAGGAUGGGACAUCCUCACCAGGGAUACACACACCAUAGCCCGUAUAGUAAUACACACUUGCCACACACACACAUCUCCACGCACACACACUCCACCACGCGUGUAUAACUGCACUCCCACACUCCCACACACACGUGCACACACACACAAACACACACGCGCGCACACACUCAAACACACGCGAAACAAAAGACUUAAAUACCUCUACUAAUUACCCUGCAGGAUUGUUACAGAUGGUGCGACUGAAAGACAUUUUCAGUAACAGGAUGAAAAGACAGACAGCUGUGUGUUGCAUGUAGAGGAACUGAAGACAGACUGGAUCCCAGGAGAUGCAGUUCUAUGCAUCAUUCGAUCAUGACCUGGAACUUGACGAGCCAAGACAUCCAUCAAAUGUCUCCAAACCUGCUUUGGAUAUUAAAUCUUCUGCUUUUUUAACAGCUGGGGUAGAAGAGGAGUGCUGUGGGGAAAGAGUCAGUUAUCGAUCAGUUUAUAUCUCUUACUGUACCUGUGCUGCACAGUGAAGCAGUGCCGGGGUACUGAGCAGAGCAGAUGCACAUGCAGUCCUGAGCUAAGAUGUACCACACACACACACACAGACUGCUGAUGUCAACUUGAACAACCUGUGAAAUGUGAAUGUAGCAUUUUUUUUUUUUUCCAAUGAAACGAUCAAAGGCCCAAUCUGCCAAGGAUCAAACCAAGCUGAGGAGAAAAUAACAAAUUCCAGUAAGAUGUGGACAUAAAAACAGACAGGGAGGAAGAGGGAGAUUAAAAGAAACAACAAAAAAAAACAACAACAUUAGUUGAAGGAAAUGUGAGGCAGAUUGUGGGAAAGAGAUUAGGAUUUUAUUGAGAGGGAUCUACCAGCUGUGAGAGCGAGAAAGACAAAGUGAGAUGGAGUGAUAUGGAAAACACAGAGAUGGAAAGUGUGCCAAGAGACAGAAAUUAGCUUCAGAAGAAGAAAGGGCCUCUGAAGCAUUGCCAGGCUGACUGAAGAAUCACUCUAACCAGCUAUGUGUUAAACCCUUGUAAAUAGAAUGGAGAGAUACAGAUGAUAUAUUAUGAUUUAUAGCAUUUAAUUGCUCUUGCAUUAAAACACGACUUAUUUAACCACAUUAUUGCUUUCAUCUCAGAUAUUACUAUAUUGUUGUAUAGAUGUCCUGAAGCAAGGCUGGUUGUCUUUCUAUCUCACCCACUGUAGUAUGUACACAGUACCUUUAUUUAAAACGCUAUAUUUGCUAUGCAGUCAUUUCAAUAAUUCGUAACUAUCUAAGCAUCUAGAUACUUGUUUGGUAGUUGAUGUGUAAGGCAUUUUCACUCUCUCCUGUCUCUGUUUGUUUCACCAUCAGAUGAGAAGCUAGUACUGUGUAGAUAAUGCAAUAUUGGUUUGAUGAUUAAGCACCAGCCGAAAACCAUGACCUACGACCCUUUGUACCUAAACUCUGCC